UCUGCGUGGAGGACGAUGGACCACCGGUACACCGUGGUGUUUAUCGACCCUUCGAAACAUGGCUGCCUCCAUUUCACGAGUUUUGCGAAGAUUGCAGAGGAGUUCGCCGGGGAUUGCGACCCUGCCCCUUCUUCAAAAACAGUCAGCAGCCACCUCGUUGGUCCCAGCAAGAUGGUUGAAUCUUCAGGAGUACCAGAGCAAGAAGUUGAUGUCGGACUACGACGUCACCGUCCAGAGGUUUCAGAUGGCUGACAAUGCCCCGGAUGCCGUCAAAGCAGCAAAAGCUCUUAAUGCCAAGGAGAUUGUGUUGAAAGCUCAGAUCCUAGCAGGAGGAAGGGGCAAAGGCGUCUUCUCCAGUGGACUGAAAGGAGGCGUACACUUGACCAAAAACCCUGAUGACCUUUUACCUCUAGUGGCUCAAAUGAUUGGCUACAACCUGGUCACCAAACAGACAACCAAAGAUGGGGUCAAAGUCAAAAAGGUCAUGGUGGCGGAAGCUUUAGACAUUGCUCGUGAGACCUAUGUGGCUAUUUUGAUGGACCGCGACAUGAAUGGACCGGUCAUGGUCGGCAGCCCCCAAGGGGGAGUGGACAUCGAGGAAGUAGCCGAGAAAACACCGGAGCUCAUCUUCAAGGAACCGAUUGAUAUUUUCACGGGCUUCACAGACGAGCAGGCCAUGCGGAUGGCAGGCAACCUCAACUUCAAGGGUGACCUCCAGCAGCAGGCAGCCGAGCAGCUGAAAAACCUUUACAAGCUCUUCUUGGGUGUAGAUGCCACGCAGGUUGAGGUCAACCCAUUUGGUGAGACCCCUGACGGCCAAGUGGUCUGCUUUGAUGCCAAGGUCAACUUUGACGACAACGCCGAGUUUCGGCAGAAGGAGAUCUUCGCCAUGGAUGACAAGUCGGAGAGUGAUCCCCGGGAGAUUGAGGCCUCCAAACACAACCUCAACUACAUCGGCAUGGAUGGCAACAUUGGCUGUUUAGUCAACGGAGCCGGCCUUGCUAUGGCAACCAUGGACAUCAUCAAAUACCACGGUGGGGAGCCGGCCAACUUCCUUGAUCUCGGGGGUGGAGUCCAAGAAAACCAAGUCUUCCAGGCGUUCAAGCUGCUGAACUCGGAAGAAAAUGUCAAAGCCAUCCUAGUUAAUAUAUUUGGAGGCAUCGUGGAUUGCUCCAUUAUAGCAAAAGGGAUCACUUCGGCUUGUCAGGGAAUGGACCUCAAGGUUCCAGUGGUUGUACGCUUAGCUGGUUUCAAUGUGGUGUCGGGUUUCAAGAUCAUAAAGGACAGUGGUCUGCCAAUCGAGACCGCCGUGGACUUCGAAGAAGCUGCAGUCAAGGUUGUGGCUAGUCUACAGUAACAGUCACUCAGUGGACUGAUCAGAGAAGCCUGAUCUAACUGCGACAGUCAAUCACAUAUCCUACAGUGUGUACUCAUGCUAGCGGACAUUUCACUCCGAAAGAAUGUAAAAUCCUUGGGUAAGGGUUGCAUUCACAGACAUUGCUAAGUUUCCCCUGCAGUCGUUUAUCAGCCAUCAGAAAGCGAUAAAAUGUUCUAAAAAAUCAAAUGUAGCAGGGAAAUAUUGAAGCAUUUAUUUAGAAAAUACUUCAACUAUGUCAAACCAGUCGCAUAGGGUUUGUGCACAGGGUGUCAAAUGAUGUCUUUGCAUGGAACUCUUUCCAAUCCCUGAAAAAAAUUACGCCAUUACAGCCAUUGUAAAGGCACUGCAAUUCCAUGAUACUAGAUUUCAGAUUUUUUUCUAAGUCUCGUGCAUUUCGAUAAGCCAUGCACACCAGUGAAUUGUCUCCUCUAGAAAUCCUACAUUUCCAAAACUGCAAGUCUUUUGAGGCUCAGCACUGAUGUCAAACUUGUGAUUUUUAAAAAACAUAGUAUUUGAAAAUUACCGUACCGCCUAAAUCUGCAUAUUACCUUCUGUACUAUUUGGAGUAACUCCAGGAUUCUGUGCCUGUUAAGAUUUAUUUAUGUAUUUUACGCCCCAACUAGAGCAUAAGUCCCAAUUAUAGUUGGGCCUGUCCCAACUAGAGUGCUACAGGUGGGCCGGCCCAACUACAGGAGAGAGGUCCUGUGUGCAUGUGCCAAAGUCAUAU